AUGGUGAAGGAUGGACAAGGAGGAAUUCUUUCAGGAGUAAAUCCUGCAAGUUAUAGCGAAUCAAAUCCAAUUGUAUUAUUCAUAAUACAAGUAAUUCUAAUUAUAGUAGUCACGCGGGCCAUUCAUUAUUUGUUAAUUUGGUUCCGUCAACCGCGUGUUAUUUCCGAAGUGGUUGGGGGUAUUAUACUCGGACCUUCAGUAUUAGGAAGAAUACCUGGAUUUAAGGAUCAUAUAUUUCCCAAAGAAUCCUUGACUAAUUUAAAUUUAUUAGCAACUUUGGGUUUAAUUCUAUUCUUAUUUAUUGUUGGGGUAGAAUUAAAUCCCAAAUUGUUAUUAAAAAAUGCAAGAAUGGCAGUAACAAUAUCGGCUGCUGGUAUCGCUUUACCAUUUACUCUUGGAAUCGGUGUCGGAUAUGGAUUAUAUAAAUUGAUGAAUAAUGAUAGCGCUUUUCCAGUGCUUGCACGAAUUUUGUCCGAACUCCAAUUACUACGAACACCCGUAGGAAUUACUGCACUUACUGCUGGUGUUGGAGACGAUAUAUGUGCUUGGGUAUUACUCGCGUUGGUGGUUUCUAUCAUCAAUUCAACUAACAGCCUUAAUGCUUUAUAUAUAUUUUUAAUGGCAAUAGGUUGGAUUUUAAUAGUUGUAAUUGCUAUACGUCCAAUUUUAUUAAAACUUGUCAUUAAAACUGGCAGUGAAAAUGGCCCUUCUUUAUCAAUGAUGGCUAUUACAUUAGUUUUUGUAUUAAUUUCUGCUUUUGUCACUGAUGUUAUUGGAGUUCAUUCUAUAUUUGGUGGAUUCAUAAUGGGUGUGAUUAUACCACAUGAAGGAGGAUUUGCCUUAGGAAUGACUGAAAAAAUUGAAGAUAUUGUAAAUGUUUUGUUUUUACCAAUUUAUUUUACGUUAUCAGGAUUAAAAACCCAAAUCGGUCUAUUAAAUGAUGCCAGAUCUUGGGGUUGGGUAUUCGUGGUACUUAUUGUAGCUAUUAUUGGAAAAGUAUCCGGUUGUACUAUAGCUGCAAGACUUAAUAAAUUAACUUGGAGAGAAUCUUUUACUAUUGGUUUUUUUAUGAGUUGUAAAGGUCUUGUGGAACUCAUCGUUCUUAAUAUUGGACUGGAUGCUGGCAUUAUCGAUCAAAAGAUUUUUGUGAUUAUGGUUAUCAUAAAAAUGGAAAUUGUUCGUUCUAGAAAGAAGAAAGAAAAAAGGGAGAGUGAAGUGAUACCCUCUACUGAUCUAAAUAAACCUGAUGGUGGAAUUUCUACCUCAUUUGAUAAUAGAAAUAUGUUAGUGGUAUUGAAUAAAGUUGAAUAUCUCCCAGCAAUGAUGACUCUUGUACAAUUAUUACAACCUCCCGUUUCUUCAGUUCCGGAAUCUUCUGAAAAAAAAGAUAAAGUAGUUCCAAGAUCAAAUCCUUUGACUGUAAAUGUUUUACGACUUAUUGAAUUAACACAACGUAUCUCUGCUGUGAUGAAAUUUCACGAAACUGAAGAAACAACAUUACAUGAUCCGAUUAUGAAUAUUUUCCGUUCAUUUGGACAAUUAAAUUUAAUUAAGGUUAAAGCUAAUCUUGCUGUAUCACCUUUACAUGAAUUUCAUCAGCAAGUCUUAGAAAAGGCUGAAGAUACUGAAAGUAAUUUGGUGAUUAUACCGUGGGGUGGAGCUGGUGCUUUAAUUGAUGAUCCUUCAAAUCCUUUAGAAGAAGUUCUCGGACCAAGACAAAAGAAAGAAACAAGUCCCCAAGUUGCUAAUUUUAUUCAAGAUUCAUUUCAUUAUAUAACAAAAAUGGCAAAUGUGGCUGUGUUGGUUGAUCGUGGUCUUGGUAUUGUAGCAGAAGAUAAUGCCAUGAAUCAUAAAGCUUUUCGUGUAUUUUUACCAUUCUUUGGUGGUGUAGAUGAUCGAGAAGCAUUAUCAUUCGUUUUACGUUUAUUAGAACAUCCUAAUGUAACAAUUUAUGUGUUAAGAUUAACAAAAUCAUCAAAACCGACUUCCAAUGAUGUAACAAUGACAAAUUCCACAUCAAAGGAUCAAAUCGAACAUACCUCUUCAAAUAGUGAAAGGAUACAGCGACCUCCACUUACACACAAAAUGUCAACAGCAUCCGGACAUGUACUUCGUUCGAAAGUUGAACGACAAGCAUCAGACGAUGCCGAUGAUGCUAUAUUAAAACAAUACUUAAAAAAUCAUAAUGUGAUUUCAUCAAAUGAACGUAUAUCAUAUGUUGAAGUUAGUUCUGCGACACCUUUACAAACUGCAGUUGAGCGUGGUAAAGAAAUAGUUGGUAGCAAGGAUUUAGUAGUAAUGGGACGUGGACGACAAGCUGCGAAUUUGAAUCACAGAGAGGAAUUUUUAGAAAUAGUUAAAAAUUUGGGAUCAUUUGGUAAUGAUACUCGAAAAUCAUUGGGUGAUGUUGCAGAAUCAUUUUUAGUUGGAGGAGUUACUUCUAGUAUUUUAGUUGUUCAAGCCAAAAGGUUUCUUGACGAAAGUCUAGAUGAUGUUUAA